AUGCCUGGUCACUUACACGUUGGACUAGACGAUUUGAUACCACAGUCACUCAUAGACGAACUUAUCGAUAUUGCGACUUUUGAAAAUGAGUCUGCAAAUCAACCCUCAUCACCAAAUCUGAAAGAGUCUCCUGCGAAACGGCGCAAGACUGGUUCUUCACCUGCUGUGUCCUCUAUUCCUAUCGCAAAGAGGACCUUUAAUAUUUCACGUCAGUGCGCAGCAAAUACUUCAGCAAACCGCUUGGUAUCUUGCGAGGGCAUCGAUCGCUUUGUGCACAUUGAUAUACAACAGAACAGGCUUUACAUCUCGCCAACGAAAGAUUGCCCAGCCGAUCUAUCUGAUGCAAAAAUUAGUCUUUGGCGAUCUGAGGAAGAUGAUGAAUCCAGAAGGCUUCUCAAGGGAUGUUCCUUUUCGCAACCUCAACCGAAUACGCUAUGGAGAACAACCGACAUAGAGCUCGAAUGGCGGGGGGUCCAGGCAACGAUGUCAUUUUCCUUCAACUUCUAUUGGAAUGAGUCUCCAUCACCAAACAUGCAGUACAAGUCCACGAUAGUUCGAAAAGCAAGCCAGCCAUUCAUCAACCUGUUAUUACGCGGCUCUUCUGCUGAUGAUCUCCCCUACCGAUCUUCAACAUGUUCUCCUAUGGAUUUCUAUGACGCGGCCUUUGUUCCCAGAAAAAGCGACAAAGUACCAGAGACCAUUCAAAUAGAUGCUCUAGAGUCGACACUAUAUCCGUAUCAAAAGAGAUCAUUACAGUGGCUGUUACAGCGCGAGGGUGUGCAAUGGUCAGAAGUUCACCAUGCUGUCGUGCCUUACGCGGCAAACAACGACGAAAGUGUGUACGAUUUCAAGAAACUACUGGAUCUGGCUGGGAAGGAAUACUAUUUGAGCGAAGUGUUUCAUACGGCGACGAGGGAUGUAACGUUGUUCCGACAAGCGGAAACUUCAAUCAAAGGAGGUAUUCUGGCUGAGGAGAUGGGCCUAGGCAAAACCUUGGAGAUUCUUGGCCUAAUUCUACUCCAUCAGAGAUCGCGACCCCUGACUCAGAAUAAGCUUGAAGCCCAAGCUAAACUUACACCAACUGGUGCCACAUUGAUUGUGACGCCUCCGUCACUGAGAGAUCAAUGGGUGUCUGAGAUUGCCCGUCAUGCUCCUAGCUUGAGCGUCAAAAUCUAUGAAGGGCGGAAGCGCAUGCCUGGAAACGAGGAUCAAACCGUCAAUGAGCUCGCUGGUCACGAUGUUAUCAUCACGACAUACUCAGUACUAUCUGCCGAGCUUCACUAUACAACAACGCCACCAGAACGUUCCAGGCGACAUGCACGAGUUUAUAAGCGUCCCGGGUCUCCACUUAUACAAAUAGCAUGGUGGAGAGUGUGUCUCGACGAGGCACAGAUGAUCGAGAGCGGUUACAGCCAGGCAGCAAAGGUGGCUCGUGUGCUUCCUCGAGUCAACGCUUGGGGAAUUACAGGAACUCCUGUAAAAGAUAAUGUUGAUGACCUCCAGGGCUUACUCCUCUUCCUACAACAUGAGCCGUACUGCUCUUUGAAUCAUAUUUGGCAAGUAUUGAUUCAUUAUCACAAGUCUGCCUUCCAGCGUCUGUUCAAUAGCAUUGCUCUCCGACACACGAAGUCGAUGGUUCGAGAUGAAUUGAUUUUGCCGCCCCAACAACGUUUUGUUAUCAGUAUGCCGUUUACAGCUGUCGAGGAACAACAUUACCAAUCUCUCUAUCGAGAAAUGACAGAAGCAUGUGAGCUUAGUCUUGACGGAGCACCACUUGCGGAUGAUUGGCGUCCUAGUGAUCACGCAGAGAGUAUGAGAACCUGGCUAGUCCGGUUAAGGCAGACGGCACUGCAUCCUGAGAUUGCAGGCUAUAACCGUCGGACGCUUGGCCACAGCAAGAAUCGACCUAUGAGGACAGUUGACGAGGUUCUUGAUGCUAUGCUCGAGCAGAGUGAAAGCACGAUUCGGACAGAUGAAAGAGCAUAUCUGUCGAGUAAACUAACUCGAGGCCAGCUAUACGAAAACAGUCCAAGAGUGAAGGAGGCUCUGGAAAUAUGGUCCUCCGUUCGAGAGCAGACUCGCAAACUUGUUGUUGAAGCUCGGGCCGAACUCAAGACUUUAACUGGCAGUCAGCCAGGUCGACAAUCUGAAAUUGCCAACCACGAUCUCGACAUCGAAUCUGAUGACGAUAGUGAAGUAGAGGGCAAGGGACAAUUGGCCGAAAGCCGUCGCCGGCUUCGAGGAGCAUUGGAGAUGGAACACAAGGCGAUCUUCUUUUGCGCCAACGCAUAUUUUCAGAUCCGUGAGAACCCAGAGAUGACUGAGCCCAAUUCAGAGGAAUUCCGCCAAGUAAAGAAACUUGAGGACGACGGAUACGAAGAAGCAAAGGUCAUCCGAAGGGAGAUUCUGCACGGAUCUCAUCGCAAAGCAACUCGCUUGAUGAUGAAGGUAGCACAAAAGGCAGCUGAGCAGGCCUUUGUUGAGAUUCCGGAGCUUACAGUUGGCGAGGAACGCGGCAUCGAGAGCGGCCGCAUUCUCGACGAUUUAGAAACACUAUACGGAGAGCUGAACGAUCAAGCAAAUGUGAUUGACGAAUGGAGGGAACAUAUUGUUGGACUACUCCUGAAACCCUUGAUUGAUGAAGAAGGUGAUGUUGAAACAACGGGAGAAGAAUAUGGCGAGUCAGCCAGGGUCCAGGACGAGCUUAUGGUUUAUGUUCAAGCACUUCGAGUUGUCAUUGCUGAUCGGCAGGAUGCUCUAACUGGACAAACCAAUGAGCUCAUCAAGCACGAAACCCAGACGUCGCUAAGACUCGCAGCAAUUGGGGAGGGGCCUGCCCCUGAGAAACUCAUAGAGCUUCUGGCAUUGCGAGAUCAAAUUAAACCAAUAUCAACGUCGAUCCGGAAAGCUAUCAGUGAGUUUCGAACGCUGACGUCGAAACUGUCGAAGGAUACAACUCGUGCCAUUAUGGAAGGCAGAAUCACUGAUCGGCAACUCAAAGCAACUCAGGCAAUCUUGAAUACACAGAGCAAGCUGGCUACUUCUCUUGAAACCGAGGUUGAUGAAUUCAAGACGGUAAUGAAUCUCCGCCUGGAUUACUACCGUCAAUUGCAGAUGGUCUCCGACAGCGUCCUCCCAUACGAGGGCUCUACAAGUGAAGCGACCAUGAACAAGAUGAAGGAGACAGAGGACAGUCUUCGACAGAAGCUGUCAGCAGCCGAAGCCAAACACAGAUAUCUCCUUCACCUAAAGGCAGCAGGUAACAAGUCUAACGAGCCUCGAAUGUGUGUCAUCUGUCAGACUCCCUUCACGGUUGGUGUGCUCACUGUGUGUGGGCACCAGUUCUGUAAAGAAUGCAUGAUGUUAUGGUUCAAGGCCCAUCGUAAUUGUCCUGUGUGUAAAAAGAAGCUCAAGUCGACCAACUUGCACGACAUCACCAUCAACCCCCAGCAACUCCAAGUGCAUAGCGACAACGCAGAGCAGGCCCAACCCGACCUCGAGGGCAACCUUGAGCAAAGGCGAACUGAUUCGCCCAAAAAGACAGGAAUUUACUCCGAGUUCAAUGCAGACAAGCUAGCAGAGAUACAGAAAAUCGAGCUGGAUGGGCCUUCGUUCACUACGAAAGUUGAUACGCUUGUCAAACACCUGAUAUGGUUGCGAGAAUCAGACCCUGGUGCAAAAUCAAUCGUAUUCUCACAAUAUAAAGGAUUCCUGAAUAUCUUGCGCAAUGCAUUUUUGCGGUUCAGAAUUGGGUUUGCAUCUAUCGACGAUUUAGAUGGCAUCACACGGUUCAAAGAAGAUGCUUCAGUCGAAUGCUUCCUCCUCCACGCCAGGGCACACUCCAGCGGUCUCAACCUUGUCAACGCAAGCCACGUCUUUCUCUGCGAGCCCCUUCUCAACACAGCGCUGGAACUUCAGGCGAUUGCACGUGUGGACCGUAUUGGUCAGACGCACGAAACAACUGUGUGGCUUUACCUAGUAUCAGGUACGGUCGAGGAGUCGAUCUACAACCUUUCUGUACAGCGGCGAAUGGAGCACAUGGGCCGUACCAACAAGGGCAAGUCAAAGGAGUCGACACCGGAACUGCUCGACGCGAAUAUCGAGGAAGCCAAUACACUUGAGCUGGAGCAAGCAUCACUAUCGCGCUUGAUGAGCAAAGACAGUACGGCUGGCGAGAACGUUAAAGAAGACGACUUGUGGGAGUGUCUCUUUGGGCACGUCGCCCGUAGAGAUAAGGAGCCCAACAAAGAUACCAGGCUUCAAGAAAAAGCCAUCAUGGGAUAUUUGGCAGCAGAGGCGGCCGAAGAAAGGACCAGCGCAUCUAGUGCUCCAUGA